CUCACCCGCCUCAAGAAUGUAGAAGGCGAGGUAGGUGAGACGAACACAUACAAUCACUAAAGAAACCACUGAGGCCAGCCGGAAAAUCUUGUAUUUUGAGGCAUUUCGGUGCGGGUGAAGUGCAACUCGGGACACAAUUUUGUUAUUCAUUCGGCGCAACGCUCGCCUUUGUUCCUCCCCUCACGCAGAGCGACGAAGAAGGCCACACUCCUCUCCCCACAGGAUUCCAGGGGGCACUUGAAUCAUUGCAGAGCACGACCCGAAAUAGAGAAGGAUUUUUUAUUAUUUAUUUAUUGGGUACAAGGGUUCAGGCCAGCCCCCUCGGGAACCCGCCUAUUUCCAGUGCCUGACUGUUUGCUCUUUGGACUGGUGAACUGCCCAUCAGCUAACCCUUCGAAAAAGUUACGCAUUGGACCACGGGAGAAGAGGAAUGGGCGUGUGAAUGCGUGUGAGAGCACGGAAGGGUCGGGAAACGGCAGAAGAGGCGCAGGUGCCCUCGGGAACUGGAAAGCGCGCGACGGCCUUAGUUUGUGUACCCUGUAUACCAGAAGACACACACAAGAAAGUAUGCCUUAUGUAAUCAAAGAUGUUCUAAAAUGCGGUUUUGCUAGUCAAAUGCAUCGAAUAGGAACAUUAUUAAUUAAAAAACAUGUACUGAAAAAUUCUGAAGCUUUCGGUGUACAAAAAGUGAACACUGCACGGGCUUUAUCUCAAGUUAGUUCCAAGAACGUGGAGUCUUUCAGUUAUGUAAUUGUUGGAGCCGGAUCUGCAGGAUGUGUGUUAGCCAACCGAUUGACUGAAGAUCCUGACAGCACUGUUAAACUGCUGGAAGCAGGGCCUAAAGAUACUAUUUUAGAUAGCAAACUAUUACUGUGGAAGAUUCAUAUGCCUGCUGCUCUAACCUACAAUCUUUGUGAUGAGAAAUACAACUGGUAUUACCACACAACCCCACAGAAGCACAUGGAUAAUCGAAUUAUGUACUGGCCCAGAGGAAGAGUGUGGGGUGGAUCCUCAUCCCUCAAUGCUAUGGUGUACAUUCGGGGCCAUGCAGAAGAUUACAACAGGUGGAGUAAGGAGGGGGCUGUUGGAUGGGACUAUGAAUUUUGUUUGCCUUAUUUUAAGAAAGCGCAGACUCAUGAGCUGGGUGCUGAUCUGUAUCGAGGUGGGAAUGGCCCACUUCAUGUGUCAAGGGGAAAAACAAAAAAUCCUCUUCAUCGUGCAUUCUUGGAUGCAGCUCAGCAAGCUGGGUACCCUUUCACAGAGGACAUGAAUGGCUUUCAACAAGAAGGUUUUGGUUGGAUGGAUAUGACAAUACACAAAGGUCAAAGAUGGAGCACAGCUAGUGCUUACCUUCGUCCUGCAUUAUCACGUCCAAACCUAUCAGCAGAAGACAGUACACUUGUAAUAAAAAUUUUGUUCAAAGGGACCAAAGCCAUUGGCAUAGAGUAUGUUAAAAAUGGAGAAAAGAAAAAGCAGGUGUGCCUUGCAAGGUUGAAGGAUCUGGAACAGAGCCUCAGAAGAUGUUCAGAGUAUGUGAAGAGGGACAUACAGAAGGAGACAGUCCUUAAGGUUUUUGCUCAUAAGGAAGUUAUUUUAAGUGGAGGUGCCAUAAAUUCCCCACAGCUACUUAUGCUGUCUGGAGUUGGAAAUGCAGAUGACCUAAAAAAAUUAGGAAUUCCUCUUGUCUGCCAUCUUUCAGGAGUUGGCCAGAAUCUUCAAGAUCAUUUAGAAGUGUAUGUACAACAGAAGUGCACUCAACCUAUAACAUUGUAUAAAGCACAAAAGCCUCUUCAGAUGAUCAAGAUUGGGCUUGAAUGGUUCUGGAAAUGUACAGGUGAUGGAGCAACUGGCCACCUGGAGUCUGGUGGAUUUAUCAGAAGUCGACCUGGAGUUUCUCACCCAGAUAUUCAGUUCCACUUCCUCCCUUCUCAGGUGAUUGACCAUGGACGUGUUGCUUCUCAACUGGAAGCUUACCAAGUUCAUGUUGGACCCAUGCGGAGUACCAGCAUAGGAUGGCUAAAGCUGAAAAGUACAGACCCAAGAGAGCAUCCCAUCAUUGAACCCAACUAUUUGUCGACAGAAAUCGAUGUUUGGGAGUUUCGUCAGUGUGUGAAGUUAGCUAGAGAGAUAUUUUCACAGGAAGCCUUUGGAAAAUUCCGUGGACCUGAAAUUCUACCAGGAAGUCACAUUCAGUCUGAUGGAGAAAUAGAUGCUUUCAUAAGACAAAAGGCAGAUAGUGCCUACCAUCCUUCGUGCACGUGUAAAAUGGGACAGAGUUCUGAUAGUACUACUGUUGUUGAUCCCCAGACCAAAGUUAUAGGGACAGAAAACUUGAGAGUUGUUGAUGCCUCAAUAAUGCCUAGUAUUGUUAGUGGAAAUUUAAAUGCUCCAACCAUCAUGGUAGCAGAGAAAGCCGCUGAUAUAAUCAAAGGACUGCCAUCACUUCAAGAGAAAAAUGUUCCUGUAUAUAAGCCCCAAACUUUAGAAACUCAGCAAUGAAGUACCUAUGGCAUUCUCUCCAGUAAGCAGAAGUUUGCCAGCAUGUAUUUCAAUAUUGAAUUCAAAAUCAUUUUUUUCUAUUUCAAUAAAAAAAAAAGAUAUUAGAUGUGUAAUAGAUAUUGUUCAGAAAAUAGUCAGCUGCAUCCUCUAGUAAGAACAGGUAAACAUAGUAUAAGAAACUACUGAGUAACAUGGCUAGUAUGGCUAGGUAUUUGUUACUUCAUAUAGUAGGCUGUUAUGAUAGAAUUGCUAUCAGAUCUUAACUAGUUCUUCAAGUAUCUAGAGAAACAGUUGUAAACAAAGCUAGGAUGUAGUUUAUGGCCUUUUGGCAGAAUCCCCCUACUAUAACAAGUGGAGAUUUCCUCAGACCUAACCUAAAUACAGGGUAGAAAAUUGUGCCAGCACAUUAAAGGGUCCAGUAUUAACAAUGCACUCUGUAGUUGGUCCAGUACUAACAGUAUACUCCAGAGAAAUGUAGUCACAACAUAGUUUCAUUGAAAGCUUUGGAAUGGGAUUUAUCUUAACUGAUGCCCUCUUGCAGUUCUUAGCCCCAACUAAACUGUGAAAGUGUCUGGGUGGGUGGGUGAGUGUUUGGAGACUUUAGUGGUGGCUGUGGGAAGCUUAUUUUUUUUAAGGGGGAAGUCUUACCUUAAAAUUCAAGGUGGCUGCAGCUUUCUUUCCUCCUUUUCCUCUUUUACUAAAAAAGGGGGGGAAUUCUUUGGGGAAAAGAUGCCUGGUCCAUUGUAGCUAGUUUCCCCCCUCAAUAUACCUGCAAAUAAUGACAUGGCAUUGUUUCCAGGGGCAUUCUGUUGAGCAACUAUGCUUGCAAAUUUAGCAGCAGCAAGGCACUUGGGAAGGCAUGGGUAGAAAAAAGGGAGGGAAUCCCUUGGGCACCUCUCAUUUUUAAGUAAAACCAAUCCUGAUAUUCUUAAACUUUAUCCUCUCCCCCAAGACUACUAUAAAUUCAGGGCAACCUCAGAGAUAAAUAAAACUUCAGAGUGCUUUUUGGGCCCAACCCCCAAACUAACAAAAUUUGGUUGGCCCAGAUACUUGUGCCCAGCACUAAUGAUAACUCAAUUGUUUUCUGCAUAUUACAGAAUCAUCUUCAGACCAUGCAUACUGUAUUACUUAUUUUAGGCAAAUGUUUUCAGAUAUUUGGGAAUUGUAAAUGCAGCUGAACAUUUUUUGAUGUCAUGAUUGUGCACUCGAAUGCAACUGACAAAUUUAACAAGUGCACAGAAGAUAAUAAUACAAAAGAAUAGGAAAAUAUCUCCAACAGUUUUUGUUAAUGUCAAUGAAUUACAGGUACAGUAGGUUAUAUAAUGGUUGCAUAAUGAGCAUCAAAUCAUCUGUGGAGGACAUGGUUAUUCUUGUACAGCCUAGGUUCGCAGGCUCACAUAUUCAGGUCUAUGUGUGAAAUUUUCUGAAUAAGUUUUAGUAAUUCAGUCAUUUGGGUAAGAAAUAAAAUAUUCCCUAUGCCCAGCAAUUCUGUUGCCACCAGAAGGGGCCAUAGAAAGCAUCAGAUCUUCCUCUCCAAGUAUGGGAAGAGAGUUCUGACCUCAGAGAGGAAGAUCUAAUGUUGGAUUCACCCUUCUCAUCACCAUGACAGCUUCCACAGUCUUCCCUAUUAAUGUGAUGGUUCUGACAUCAGUAGGGCUGAAAGAGGGGUGCCAGGAACAGACUGAAUCUAUACCAGAAUAAUUCAUAGCCUUCCCAAUUCCCUAAAGCAGGGAGUAAGCUAUGCUAGCGUUGGAUGUGGUGUAGCUUCUUCCCAUUUGUUAUUCUCUCAUUGUAACAGAAGGGAAAUUAAAAAAAAAAAAAAACAGAAAAGGAUAAGAAUGAAAGAGCGCUUCUCUGCUCUCACUUCUGCCGUGCUGCUGAGAGCAUGUCACCCCCUGGCUACUUUAGGAUUUCAGCCUAAUUUUCUUUUAAGGAAGCUACACAUGUCAGAAAAUUCAAGGAUAAGCAACUGAAUGCAGGAAAAGACACCUGGACACAUUCCUUAUCAUCUUGUACAGUAACCCAGUUCUACUCAUUAGGUGGAGGGAUGGUAUUGCUGUUUUUACUCCAUGUAAUAGAGCUCCUCCCUGCCUGCCAGGUGGUGACCCCCGAACUCUGGAACAGCUUACCUGAGGAGAUACGCCUGGCACCUACGGUACUUUCUUUUAGGCGCCAGGUUAAGACCUGGCUAUACUCCCAGGCAUUUUAAUGUUUUUACGUUUAAUUUUGUUAGUUAACUUGCUGCUAUGUGUUAUUGAUUUUAUUAUAUUAUUGUAUUUUAAUCCAGUUUUGUACACCGCCCAGAGAGCUACUAGCUAUGGGCGGUCUAGAAAUGAAACGAAAUAAAUAAAUAAAUAAAUAAAUAAAUAAAGGAAAUCCCCAGAAGUAGUCACAUGCCAAAGAAGACUGGGGAUUCCACCCAGAUACCCAAUCAACUUUGCCAUGGCUAAAGGGGACAGAAGACUCUGGGUUUCUCUUGGUUCCAUGGGCCAGAUCCUUAUCAGGAUCAGGGAGCAAAUCUAUCAAUCACAUGACAUCAUAAUGAAGUCAGUACUUCAAAGCACCUUGCAAGGCACUGGUGAAUGGAAGUUCCCCCCAUCCACCCAUUUUAGCAGGUUUGCAUGGAAUCCCCUGCUAAAACAAAGCAAAAACAUCCCUUUGAGCAAAAGAUUCUGAUGCACACUCCUUCCUGAGUCAGGAAGGAGUUUACAUGGAAUCCUUCCGAACUGAGCAGGAUUUAGCCACAGCUAGUCAACUGAUGGGGGGGAAAUCCUAUUCAGUUGGCUGGAUGUGCAGCUAAUACAGGAUUUAACCCUGCCCUCAUGCCUAUCAGAUGAUGAUAUGAGUGAUGUCAGCUGGUGGGUCUGGUUUGGGAGAAAAGGCCUUGUGGGUCAAGAUUGGCCUGCAGACCAGAGGGUCCCCACCCCUGCAACAAGAGGAGAGUCCUUGGGCCACCGCAGUCUCAGAAUCUGACACGAUGAUGAAAUAAAGCUGAGGGUUGUUACUUUUGUGACAAUAAAUCCAAAUUAUACCAUUUCAGAUUUCAUCAGAACCAGAAAAUGAAAUACCUCAUACUAAUAGAUUUGUACAAACCCAAUAUAAUAAUUAUAUUUUAUAACUUGCUUGAAUUCAGUCUUAUAUGUAACUUACUUGAUACUGACUGUAACAAAGGUUGCCAUGAAAAUAUUUUAAUUGUUUAUAGCUGUGAAUAUUUCAUUGUGACACUUGUUUUUAAUGAU